AGGAUUGUCGCACGGUUGUCGUUGUUUGGGUCCGCUAUGUCUGAGGCAUCUCGGUGGCACGAAGGCGGGACUCCGAAACAUAAGCUGAAUUACAGAAGGGAAGUAGAAAUUAAAACCACACUUCAGGAGUUGUUUGUCUACUUUAUUUUUUUAAUAAACCUAUGUAUAUUGACUUUUGGAAUGGUAAACCCACAUAUGUAUUACUUAAACAAGGUUAUGUCAUCUCUAUUUUUGGACACUUCUGUGCCUGGUGAUGAAAGAACCAGCUUUAAGUCUAUUCGCAGCAUAUCUGAUUUUUGGAAGUUUAUGGAAGGACCCCUUCUGGAAGGUCUGUACUGGGACUCAUGGUACAAUAACAAGAAGCCGUACGAUUUAAAGAACACCAGUCACAUCUACUAUGAGAACAUACUCCUGGGAGUCCCCAGAGUCCGCCAACUAAAAGUCCGCAACAACACAUGCAAGGUCUAUUCAUCUUUUCAAUCUUUAAUGAGUGAAUGUUAUAAUAAAUAUACUCCUGACAAUGAAGACCUGUCUGAUUUUGGCCUAAAAGAUGAUACUGAGUGGAAGUACUCUGCUUCUCUUUCCAAUUCCCCUUGGCACUGGGGAUUUGUUGGUGUUUACCGAAAUGGGGGAUAUGUUUUCACUUUAUCAAAAUUGAAAUCUGAAACCAAAAAUAAGUUCAUUAACCUUCGACUGAACAGCUGGAUUACAAGAGGGACUAGAGUUAUUUUUAUUGAUUUUUCAUUAUACAAUGCUAAUGUAAAUCUGUUUUGCAUCAUCAGAUUGGUGGCAGAAUUUCCUGCAACUGGAGGAAUAAUUACUUCAUGGCAGUUUUACUCUGUGAAGCUCCUCAGAUAUGUUAGCUACUAUGAUUAUUUUAUUGCUUCCUGUGAAAUUAUAUUUUGUAUUUUUGUUUUUGUCUUCACAAUACAAGAAGCCAAGAAAAUGAAAGAAUUUAAAUUUGCCUAUUUCAAAAGUAUUUGGAACUGGCUAGAAUUACUACUUCUGGUGUUGUGUUUUCUGGCCAUUUCCUUCAACACAUACUGUAAUAUACAGAUUUUUCUCUCACUUGGACAGCUGUUGAAAAGUACUGAAACAUAUUCAGACUUCUAUUUUCUUGCAUACUGGCACAUGUAUUACAACAAUAUAAUUGCAAUUACCAUCUUCUUUGCAUGGAUAAAGAUAUUCAAAUUCAUAAGCUUUAAUAAGACAAUGUCUCAGCUGUCAUCAACCUUGUACCGCUGUAUCAAAGACAUAGUAGGAUUUGCCAUCAUGUUUUUUAUAAUAUUCUUUGCUUAUGCUCAGUUAGGAUUUCUUGUUUUUGGAUCACAGGUUGACGAUUUCUCCACUUUUCAAAAUUCCAUAUUUGCACAAUUUCGAAUUGGUCUUGGAGAUUUUAAUUUUGCUGGUAUUCAGCAAGCCAACUGGAUCUUGGGACCUAUUUACUUUGUCACAUUCAUCUUUUUUGUGUUCUUUGUCCUGCUGAACAUGUUCUUGGCAAUAAUUAAUGAUACCUAUUCUGAAGUGAAAGCUGAUUAUUCAGUAGGCAGAAGGCCAGAUUUUGAACUUGGUAAAAUGAUUAAAAAGGGUUACAAAAAUGCUCUUGAGAAACUCAAACUGAAGAAAGCCCAAAAGGAUGAUCAAGACAAGAAAACGAAAAGAAGUGGAGAUUUGGCUGAGCGAGCCAGAAGAGAAGGCUUUGACGAGAAUGAAAUUCAGAGUGCAGAGCAGAUGAAAAAAUGGAAAGAGAGACUUGAGAAAAAGUAUUAUUCUGCAGAAAUUGAAGAUGACUACCAGCCUGUCACACAACAAGAAUUUCGAGAUGGCACCACAACCAAGUACAAAAUGAGAUUCUGA